AUGUGGGCCUGGGCACUGUGGCUGCUGCCCCUUCUCUGCAGACCCACCCGGGCAGCUCUGCCAGCUAAGCCCGAGAACAUCUCCUGCAUCUACCACUAUAAGAGAAAUUUUACCUGUACCUGGAGUCCGGAGAAAGGCGCCAACCACACGUGGUACCAGGUGAAGAGAACUCACACCUUUGGCGAGGACAGCGACACCUGUAAUUCCACAAGUGAGGGGCGCGCUUCCUGCUCGUUUGUUCGUCUAAUCACGUACCCAGAUAUUUACCAGAUUCAAGUGCAAGCUCGGAACGCAGAUGGGAUGGCCGAGUCCGAUGUCACCGUUUGGGACUUGGAUACCAUAAUAAAAGUCGAACCGCCUGUGAUUUUCAGCGUGAAGCCAGUGCCGGGCGUCAAGCGGAUGCUUCGCGUACAGUGGGCGAAGCCCGUCUCAUCGGCUCUCAAUUACACGCUUCGAUUCAGAGCCAACGGCAGUGACCCCUGGAGGGAAGUCAGCUUCGAGAAGGAGAUGGACGGAGACUCAGCCUACAACCUCACGGGGCUGCAGGCGUUUGCGGUCUACGCCGUAGCUCUGCGGUGUGCGGCUUGGAAGUCCAAGUUCUGGAGUGGCUGGAGCCGAGAAGAGGCGGGAAUGACUGAGGAGGAAGCUCCUCUCGGCCUGGACGUGUGGAGGACCCUCGGCCCAGCCCGGGCGGACGGACUACGGCCCGUGAUGUUGCUGUGGAAGAAGGCAAGAGGAGCCCCGCCCCUGGAGAGGACGCUUGGCUACCUCGUACAGUACUUUCCAGAAAACAGUACUCACCUUGCAAAGACCGAGAACACCACACACGAGCACCAGGGCCUGGAGCUGUACCUGGGUAACGAGACCUACUGGGUGUCUGUCGUUUCCUACAAUUCUCUCGGACACAGUCCCACGGCCACCCUGAGGGUUCCAGCCGUCGCCGAACAGCCGGUUCAGUGCAUCGAGGCCGUUCAGACCCACUUCACCGCGGACUGGCUGGUGGUGACGUGGCAGAGCUCCGCCCCGGACGUGGACGCGUGGAUCGUGGAGUGGCUCCCAGACCUGGAAUCCGCCCCCCUGUGCUGGGAACCGGUGUCUCGGGCCAGGAACUGGACAAUCCAGCGAGGUAGCCUCAGAUUGCCUUUCUGGUGCUACAACAUCUCGGUGCAUCCAGUGCUGCAAGACGGAGUGGGCCAGCCAUACCGCGCCCAGGUUUCUUUCGAGCAAGACGUCCCAUCAGCAGGUCCCGUGACCAAGGUGGAGAACAUCGGCGUGAAGACAGUCACCGUCACAUGGAAGGAGGUCCCCAAAAGUCAGAGAAAUGGCUUCAUCAGCAACUACACCAUCUUCUACCAAGCCGAGAACGGAGAGGGAUUCUCACGCACAGUGGACCCCAGCACCCUGCGGUAUGGCCUGGAGUCCCUGACGCGGGGGACGCCCUACACUCUGCAGGUCAUGGCCAGCACCCGGGCCGGCGGCACCAACGGCACCAGGGUGAACUUCAAGACGCUGUCCAUCAGUGUCCUCGAGGUCUACCUCAUCACCGCGCUGGUCGGCGGCGGGCUGCUCAUCCUCACGGUCCUGACGGUGGCCUACGGCCUCAGAAGGCCCAACAGGUUGAAGCACCUGUGUUGGCCGCAGGUCCCCAACCCCGCCCAGAGCAGCCUGGCCACCUGGGUCGGCCUGCAGACGAAGCUGCCGCAGAAGGGGUUGGACGACUCUGUGACUGCAGAAGACAGGAUUCUAAAGCCAUGUCCUGCCCCCAGUGACCUUAUUGACAAGCUGGUGGUGAACUUUGAGAAUUUUCUGGAAGAGGUUUCCUCAGAGGAAUCCGGAAAGGGCCGGGAAAACAUUUUGGGAGGGGAAAACAAUGAAUACGUGACUUUCCCUCACCAGGCCCCCACGGCGACUGAGGGGGCGCCCGGAAAACCGCAGCACCGGCGGUCCGGGUGGCCGGGGGGCGCCGGCCCAGGAACCGAAGAGCCGCUGCUGCCCUCGGCGCAGGGCGCCGGGCCGGCCCGCGUGCCGGAGCACGGGCCACCCAACCCCUACCUGAAGAACUCCGUGACAACCAGAGAGUUUCUCGUGUCCGAGACGCUGCCGGACCACGGCAGGCGAGAAAUCUAGGUGCCACAGGGCUCAAGUCCCUCUGAGUCUCGCUGCCCGGCGCCUGCAGAGGGGACAGCAUGGCCGGCCGGGGGAGCUUCCCCAGCCUUCCUGCCCACCCCUGCCCCCCUCGCAGGGCGAGUCUGCCAGCCCCUGGGUGGCCAGGCCCAAACCAACACGACCUGCCCACGUGUCACUGAGG